AUGCAGACUGAUGAACUUGAUCCUGAUGAUGAAGAAUUACAGAGAAUUCAAGACCCUGUUACUGUCUUUUGUAGUCGUCUGCAGAAGGCCAUUAAGAUGUUGCGAUCUGAAGUUUAUCCUUUGGAGGCUGGCACAGUCUUGCAAUUUUUUUUAAAGAUAAUUUGGAAUGUCUUUGAAAGCCCAGAUAAAACGAAAUUCAAAAGACUCCGCACGGCUAAUCCCAUAAUUCAAAGACAUGCUGCAAAUUAUAAAGCUGCCAUGGAGAUUCUUUCAUUGAUUGGUUUCCAUGAAGAUGUUGCGUUGGAUGGAAUUGGGAAGACGGAAACUUCUUUAGUGUUGAAGCGGAAUGAUCCAGGCUUCUCUUGGCUUGCCAAAUCCUCCCUAGAGACUUGCAUUGUAUGUGGAGUAGCAGUUGCAGUACAAUGA